AUUUGUUUUAUUUUUGUUUUUUUUUUCAAUUUCAGUUUCAAUACAAAAAAAAAUCAUAUAAUUAACGACAAAAUUUCUACUUCAUGGGCUUAACACUACUCUAUAAUAUAAAUUAUCAAGCGGAAUACAAAAUGCCUCAACAACAAAAUACCUUAAAGAUAAAAAGAAGCUUCAAGAGAAGGCGCUUUAUGGAGAAUAUUGUAUAUGUCAGUAUGGCCAUUAUAUUUAUGAUGACAUCAAAUCUAGACAGAGCACAAGCCGUUCCUGCCAUGGGUAGUGGUUAUUUGACGCUUUAUGGGGAUAUACCCACACAACAACAGCAGCAACAACAACAAUUAUGGCAUCAACGUUAUAUACGAGAUGUGGGCGCUUCACUGUCGGCCAGUUUUCAACAACAACAGCAGGAGAAUCUGAAAGAUUCUUUGCAACAAAGUUCUUCCACAGAAGUCUCGUUGGAACAACCACAAGGCCAAUGUCUAUUAGAUGGUGAAUAUGUGCCAGAAACAACGGUUUUCUGUGAAAAACAAGUGGGUUGUCGUGCCAUACAGAAAACAGGACACUGUUGUCCUGAUUAUAAAUGUGAUUGCCAAAAGGAUGGUAAAACUUAUUUAAAUGGUGAUAAGUUAGUAGAUCCGGAGACACCAUGCAGUUGCUACUGUCAAGGAGGAGAAAUUUUAUGCAGUUCUGUUACUUGUUUCCAUCGUGAUGAUUGUACGCCCAAAUAUAUACCAGGUGUUUGUUGUCCAGAAUAUGAUAAUUGUCCAGUUGCCACUUCUGAAUCAACGACCAAUAAAACUCGCACGACUUCAACCACUUCCAAACCGGAAAUUCAUCAAGCCGAAAAUAAUCCAAAAAUAACAAUAAAAGAGAUCACAAAACCAAUUGAAAUUCGUAUUACGGAUGACAAUAAAGCCAUACCCAUUCAUCAAAUGCUAAAGCCAUCAACAACAUCCACCACUACUACAACUACUACAACGUCAACCCCCAGUACAACAACCACAACAACUACUACAACAAUACCACCACCAACAUUAUCCACAACAAUUUAUGCCGUUUCCACAACACCAACACCUCAUAUAGAUGCUAUAAAUGUUAACACGGCUUUAAGCAGCCAAGACCAUAACCAACACACAGCAGAAAGCUUUGAAUUCACUGUAGUGGAGACAACAACCAACAUAGAAAUGGUGUAGUCUCGCCCAAUGGGUCUUAAUAGUGGUGACACUUUAAAACUCAGCGCUUCUGUUGCAUAUCCCGCAACAGUUUUAGCUUCGGCUGCUUUAAGUUCAACAUUUGCUCCCUCGGAUUCUAGUCUAGAAGUAGAAGAUCCUGUACCUGCACUAUCGGUUUUUAGCACCCAAGGUUUACCCGAAGAUCCCAGUAAAGUGAAUAUUAAACGUGAGUACUUUAUUACCACAGAAGGUGUAGCCGCUGGUUCGGGUUCGCAAAUUUUUGAUGGUUUUGGUAGUGAAUAUCCUAAUUCAGAGGUGAUAUAUAGUCAGUCUUCCCAAGGCCAACAGAAUACUUUUAAUACCGCCCUGCAACAAUCUUCGGCUGAACUAGAUCCUGAUACAGCGGGUAGUGAUAACAUUUAUCACAUUAUUUUGACCACAGAUGGUCCUAGAUUGACCUCAACAUCGGAGAAUUAUUUAGCGUUAAAGGGAGUCUCAACAACGGAAAGUUCACCCUUUGAUGAUCUAUCAGCCAGUUCUAUAAGUCCUGUAGACACCAACAACAAUUUGGAUACAAAUAAAGAAGAUCCCACCACAGAGGUGGACCCUCUAACAAGAACACUAUUACACCAAAUCAACUACGAAUCGGCUAUAAACCAACAUUUAGACGAUGAAGACUCCGCCAUACCCGUAGAAAGUAAUCCAGCAUAUCCUUCUCUACCAGAAGAUGAUUUCAGUUUAAGAGACAAUAAUUUUCAAAUUAAUGAUUCCGAUGAUGUAGGCGAUGAGCCCAGAAGUAUAGGAGGAAGUCAUGGUAUAGCCGCCACUUAUGAGGCCUUUAAAAGUACUAAACAUUUAGAUGAUCAUACGUAUGGUAGUGGUAGCGGCAGUGGUAGUGGCAUGUUGUUAGAUGAAUUAGUAAAUAUAAUGCCCGUUUCCACCACCGAAGGUAGUGGAGAUUUCAACAGUCCACGGAAAACUAUGAGAAAACCAAAUCAUCAGAGGGUAAUACAAUUUAUGUACUCUGCCGAAGAUUCCUCCGAAGAGACUCGUAUUACCAAUACAACUGAUUUUAAAAUGGAUAAAGAGAUGACUAAAACCAUGAAAAUAGAUGAUACUUCUUUAGAAUCUGCGAAAACCAGACAACAAAUGGAAUUUGAAAUGGGUUCGGGAUCGGGUGAACUUAAAUUGGCCAAACAGCAGAGAAGAGAACCUACUACGGCUAGGCCAAAUAAAGCAACAGCAGACAUAGAUAUAGAUGAGAUGCAAGAUGCCUCGGGUAAUGGACCCCAAGAUGAUCCAAAACUAGAUGUAGAAAGUUUGAAAUUAGAUGAAAGUGCAAAUGAUUCACCCACAAAUCCCGAUAAAUCAUCUAAUAAUAUAUUAUCGGUUAAGGUACAACCCGAACAAGAUAAACAAUUUCAUGAUGAUUUACAUUAAUAAAACUUUAGUAAAGAAACAAAAAGCUCAACUCAAACAGAAAAAGCCCAAUAGAGAGAGAAAGGAGAAAGCCGUUUAUGAGUAUUUUUUAAUUUAAUUAA